CGUCUCCCCGCCGCCUUGACAACAGCGCAAACACGGGCGACCUCGUACCCCACCGGCGGUUCAACCCUGUAACGUCCUCGGAGCACUGCACUGUGGGAGAUGUAGUCCAGAAUCAGAACUCCUCGCCUUUAGCUGCGUGAAAACUCCGCCUGUCCAACUACAAUUCCCAUAACCCAUAGCCCUGGCGCUGAGUUGUCUCUCUCGCGGGUAUUGUUUUUAUAUGGCGGUAUAUUCGGAAAGUGUUUUUUCCCCAGUUCGCAUCUGCGUGAGUUCGUGCAUUCAUACAUAGUCUCCAAACGUCUGGGAUCGACGAGGUUUUGAAGUGAGACGCCGCUGAGCCCCUCAAUGGGAGCCCUCUGAGCUGAACUCUGCCUUCCCAGCGCUGCGUCCCCUCCACCAUGUCGGCCUCGGCGGGCCUGCAGCCCGAACCCAGUUUCCUGGCCCGCUGGAUGUCGUGCAGCCCCCGAGCCGGGGUGAUUCUGGACCCGCCGCCGGCCCUCCUCAGCCGCGCCGGCCGGGACGGGAGCCCGGCCGCCCCGGGCGGAGACGACUCGUUCUCCGCGCAGUUCCUGCCUCUGCCCGUGUCCAGGAGCAGCAGCUGCCUCAGCGUGGACUCGCUCGGCCCGGCCGGCCCGGAGUCCGCAGCGCCCGGCCCGGCUGCUCGGCUGGGCAGCCCGGAGGAGCUCGACACGGCGGGACAGAGGCACAGCGCUCCCUUAAUGCGACAGCUGGAACAGCUGAAGGAGUGGCAGCAGCAGAAGCAGGAGCAGCUGAAGAACCAGCAGAUGCAGCAGCUGCGCAGACUGCUGGAGGAGCAGCAGAGACUGCUGCACAUGGCCUCCGCCCAGCAGGCCCUCGCAGACGACCCGGACGCGCCUCAGGCUGUCGAGGGAGAGGAGCUCUGGGAACGACCUCUCACCCCGGAAGUGCAGCCCGACCCCCCGGGUGACUGGGAGGCUCCUCUGGAUCAGUGCACCCCAGGGCUGCAGGUGGACGGGGGCCCUGCCCUUGGCGCUCUCGGAGGGAGCCCCUGUGUCCUGCAGCGGGCUGCAGGCGCCACUUCUGACACCGAGGAAGAGGAGGACUCCGACUGCAGUCUGGGAAGAAGCUUGUGGAGUGACGAUCCGAGUGGAGAAGAGCUGUGCAGAAGCAGUGGUUAUGAAGACGAGCCCCAGUGCAGCCACCCAGCUGCGAGGGACGAAUUUGCUCCGGGUCCAGCCGGAGCAGCUUCUCCACGAGAAGGACGCCCGCUGCCUAGUGACAGGCCCAUCAAGCCUGGGAUUGGCGGCCGGAAGCAGACGUUCGAGGAGCUCCUGGAGGAGCAGAUGAGGCUGGAGGAACAGAGGCUGGGAGAAAACCGGGAGCAGGGCCGGGCUGCAGCAGAGGUAAAAGCCCAGCCGAAAAGGGCGUUCCUGAAGCGAGGAGAGGGUCUUUCUCGGUUCACUAAAGGAAAGGCCGCUCCAGUCAAAGAGACAAGUAAAACUGACGCUAAACCCCAGCCCAAGACGAGCUGCCAGAGGACAGUGGCGCCCAGAAGCAGUCAACAGCCCGUACAGCGCAAGACUGCCAUACUGAGCAAAGAAAGCAGCUCUGAGCGCCUGACAGGCCCGCCAAACAGGUCGCAGGUUGUCUCCUUGGCCAAGGGAAGCAAGGCGCAAAAUGUUCUUGGCAGUGCCGCUGGGCACAGCGCUGCUGUAGAGUCAAAACAGCUGAGUGUUUCGGGACAGGCCCAAGAAGCACUGGCCGUGAAGGUUCAAGGCAAAAAAGCAGGAGGUUCCCUGCCGGCCUGUGCCGGGCCUGGCAAGACGGCCCCGGCGAAGCAGGGGUGCUCAGAGGAGACAAAACAGUGUGUGCCACCGAAAACAUCAAUGCACAUCCCCCCUCCAGAGCAAGAGUACUCCUUUGAGCUGUCCUUCCAGAGGAAGCUGGAGAGCUGGGAGAAAGAGAAGCAGAAGGAGAACCUGGAGCUGGAUGAAUUUGAGCUCCUGGAACAGGCGGCGGAUGAAAUAUCCUUUUCCAGCAACUCCUCCUUCGUGCAGAGGGUGCUGCACCUGGACCGGCUGGACUGCAGGAGACGCAGGCUGUCCUCUACUCCGAUUAAACCUCCGAAAGCCGUGAAGACGGGUCCGGAGAGGAGCGCCCACGACCGGGCCGCGCGGAGUCCGCCUGAAACGGGGGACACCAGGACAGAGCAGGCGAGGUCGGAGUCCGUGUUGAAGGACCUGGAUAAAGGUCCCGGAGACGGAAACGGGGAAUGUGAUGAAGACAGCGAUUCGUCAUGGCAGAGCGGCUCGGCCUCGGAGGACAUGGAUGACACCCUGACGGGGGGGAGGGCCCCGCGGGUGGGGAGAGCUCGCGCCGGCGGCCACGGUUGCGACGCUCGUGUCCGGUACGACAAAACGUCUUACGAGGACGGAGCCGUGCGGCGCGGAGGCAGUCCUGCAGACAGCGGGCCUCCCCUGGCCUCAGACCUGAUGACCAGGCUGUUUCCGGCUCUGAAACCCAAACCAAAGCCCGCCCCUUCCCGGGAGGAUGAUCCCGUCAGCACGGCGCCAGGCCACAACCCCCAGUCCGCUCUGCUGAGGGAGAGGCUGGUGGAACUGGAGACGCAAAUCGAGCGUUUCAGGGCAGAGAACUCCGCGCUGGCGAUUCUCCGGCAGGAGAGGGAGGCGGCUUUGGAAAAGCUGAGGAAGGAGGUGGCGGAGUUUGAACAGAAGAAGGCCGAGGAGCUGGCUCGACUGGAGGAGCUGAAGAAGGAGGAGAUGAAGAAACUACAGAAGGAGCGCAAGGUGUUUGAGAAGUACGCGGCCGCUGCCAGAGCCAUUCCCGACAAGAAGGAGCGAGAGGAGAUGCAGGUCGGGGCCAUUCAUGUUGACUGUCUCUGCAGUAGCCGGGAGGGGCCGGAGAUCUGGACUGCUGGGCAGAUGCAAGCUUGUUGUGUGUUUGAGGAAGCAUCAAAGGGGUGGGGCUGGGAGAUAACAAUCUUCUUAAUUAUUGUUGUAGUCUUCUUAUUUAUUGUUAUUGUCAUCCUGGGCGGGGAGGCGCAGAGGGGGCCCGCGCUGACCGGCUGGGGCCUGGUGUUGUUGCAGGCGCUGCCGCGCUGCGGGGGUCGCCCCAGAGGGCGGGGAGAUGCAGCUGAAAGUAACGCGACGUGUAUUUCAUCUGUUAAGAGUCUCCAGGUUACUGCCACAAACAGCCCCCCGCCUACCAAGACAGCGAGGGAGAACAGCACUGUGGCAGAAGGUACAGUCAACAGCAUUAGGUCUGUUCCAGUCCCCACAGCUGUGUCCAGCAUAGAGGAGCAGGUGAUGUCUGAACUGAGGAAAACUGAACUGCACCCAGAGUCUCCUGUUGUCUUACCUGCUAGCACAGUACCGACUGACGAACCACAAAAAGACCUGUGUGGAGUCGAGGAAAAUGGAGAAAUUUUGGAGGAAACCAUUCAUCCAGAUGGAAAAAUAGAAAAAGUAUUAAAGAGUGGAAUCCGAGUCAUCGUCUUCCCCAACGGUACCCAGAAGGAGGUGAUGGCUGAUGGAAAGAGUGUUAAAGUCACUUUCUUUAACGGGGAUGUCAAGCAAAUACUGGCGGAUCAGAGAGUGGUGUACUAUUAUGCUGAUGCUCAGACAACGCAUACCACCUACCCCGAUGGCCUGGAGGUCUUACAGUUUCCCAAUAAUCAAAUAGAGAAGCAUUUCCCCGAUGGCAGGAAAGAAAUCACGUUUCCUGACCAGACCAUUAAGAAUUUGUAUCCUGAUGGACAGGAGGAGAGUGUGUUUCCUGAUGGAACUAUCAUUCAAGUAAAGCUAGAUGGUAGCAAAGUCAUCGAAUUCAACAACGGGCAGAGGGAAGUCCACACUGCGGAGUACAAGAGGCGGGAGUACCCGGAUGGAACUGUGAAAACUGUGUACGCCAACGGCCAGCAAGAGACCAAGUACCCUACCGGCAGAGUUCGAAUCAAGGACAAGGAUGGGAAUAUUGUUAUGGACACAAAAGUAGACUCUGAGCAGGCUCUGUUGUCUCCUCAUUCACAAUCAAUUCUUUACUCCUAAUUAGUGCCCUGUCUAAGGUCUGUGU